CCUUCCCGCUCAAGGGGGCGAUGAAAUAAAGCACAGGCCAAGCCACAGCGCGGAGCCGGGAACGUCGUUAACGCCUCAUCGUCCGGUCAAACCCCACCGUGCCCACGUGGCAACAUUUACCGAUUCUACGCCCUGCGGGUGUUUGUCCACUACGGCACGGCGUCGGCCACCUGACCCAUCAGGACCCCAACCGUCACCGCCGGCCGCCAUUUUAAUCUCUCGCCAAUGCUUCUUCUACCGACUGUCACAGCAAUUCGCGGGGCCAGAGGCAUGUCCAUGGCGAGGAAGGCCCUGAUCGCCGUGUGCCAGCUGUCCUCGACCGACGACAAGGACCAUAACUUGCGGGAGUGCCGGGAGCUGGUGAGGCAGGGGGCAGCGCGAGGGGCCCGUAUGGUCUUCCUUCCCGAGGCUUUCGAUCACAUCUCGCCCAGCACCGAGGUCAUGCUGCGUCUCGCCGAGAGCCUGGAGGGAGAGCUGGUGGGGAGCUACCGUCAGCUGGCCAGGGAGUCUGGUGUGUGGCUGUCCCUGGGAGGGUUCCACGAGCAGGGUCCUGACUGGGACCGGGAGCGACGGAUCUACAACACCCAUCUGUUGCUCAAUGACUCAGGAGAGAUUGCCGGCCUCUAUCGCAAGACCCACCUGUUUGAUGUGGAUAUCCAAGGUCAGGUUUCGCUCAAGGAGAGCAGCUCCACCAUCCCGGGACCUCGGAUCGAGCCUCCUGUUACAACCCCAAUAGGCAAGAUUGGACUUGCUAUUUGUUAUGAUCUUCGAUUUCCAGAAAUCUCAUUGGCUCUUGCCAGUGCUGGGGCAGAGAUUCUCACGUUCCCCUCGGCUUUUACACUAACGACUGGCAUGGCGCAUUGGGAGCCUCUCCUGCGGAGCCGUGCGAUUGAGUCGCAGUGCUACGUGGUGGCGGCAGCACAGACAGGCCGGCACAACGACCGGCGCUGGUCGUUCGGCCACACCAUGGUGGUGGACCCGUGGGGCUGUGUGCUGGCACAGUGCGGACAGGGCCCCGGACUCUGCUGUGCCGAGAUCGACCUAGACUACUUGCGGCAGGUGCGCCGGCAGAUGCCACUGGCCCAGCACCGGCGACACGACCUCUACGGCACAGUGUGUAUCCGCCACCCUCCCGGCUCGGCACCCUCACAUCCCCCGCUGCCUGAUGCCCCUCUCUGAUCCCCCCCCCCCCCCCCCCCUCCCCUCCUGCACCAACCAUCGCCCACCUCAGGCCGGGCCGGACCGGGACCACCCAAAGCUGCCGUCAAUAAAGGAAGUAUUAUGUGGCUGUCUGCUCAAGACUGUCAGAGGAUAUGAGGGCGACGGGCAGUGUGUGUGAGGGGACGGUGUGUGUGUGUGUGUCUGUGUGUGUGUGUGUGUGUGUGUACGGUGCUUCUGAAAUCAUGAGGGGUGUACAUAGAUGCCCCUUGUUCUCUGACCUUCCGCUCAGGGAAAUGGUUGUUCCUAUUGACUCUGUCCAGGUCACUCACCAUUUUACCCCCCUCCAUCGUCCCCCUCACUGACCUCUGUUCCAGGGAUACAACCCCAGCCGACCUUUCCUCACAAUGACAAAGUUCCAGUCCCGGCAACGUCCUGGUAAAUCCCCUGUGCACCCUCUCCUGUCUGACCCCGUCUCUCUUGGGUCAUGGUGACCAGAACUGUCCCAAGGGCCAGGCUGGGGUCUAACUGGUGUUGGGCGCGGUUCCUGCUCUUCUUGCAACCCAGGAUGACACGUCCACCCCGGGUCAUUGGGUCCUAGGCUGUGAUGAGGUCAGUGAGGGACCUACAGGCUCGUCCACACACGGGGCAGGAAGUGUUGGACGAGUUAUUGGGAGUUUGAAUUGAGGUGCUUUGCUCCUUCGACAGGAUCUCCCGACCCACGCCCCCAGUAGAUAAUCCCAUCCCGAACGCACCCGCUCCACAGGGCAGUCUGGGCCAGGGAUUGCCGGGAGUCAGCGGUACGUUGUUUCUUUACGGAGAACAAAUCCUUGAGUCUCCCCCCACCCCCACCCCCCUCCCCCCGUGAUGGAGCUGGGGAGGGAGCGGGUGUUUGGGGAACCUGGUGUUGAACUUGUGAACGAUGUGGUCUGACCAGUGGAUGGGACCGGGAGUGGGUGGAAUCUCAGUGCUGGGGACGUCAGCCUGAGAGAGUAAACUGACCCUGGCCACUGAUCCUUAACAGUGGAUGGCUGUGGUUUGUGUGCCCGCUGUAGGUGGUGCAGGUCCCAGCAGUGGACCCGAGGGCAGGGGCCACUGAUGCCCACAGUACACACAGUGCGUCUUAUCUUGUGCCAGGUCUGGGGUUCUGACUGACCCUUCAUUGACUAAAGACGAUGCGGGUGAAGGCGGCUGUGAAUGUGUCACCUUCAAUGUCUGCCCGCUACGAGGGGUUUCCCGAGUUGCACCAAGUGGUCUCAACGUGGACCUAUCCAGCGUGGACGCUGCUGAAGGUUGGGUGUGAGACCCCCCCUCCCUCCAACUCGCAACCCAGUGCCUGAAGCUCGUCCUGUGAUCACACACAAACACAGGCAGCGUCUGCGCACUGAGUGACCUUGUCCUACCACCAUCUGCAGAGGGCUCUCCCCCAGGGCCGAAUUGAGACCUUUAGAGGCCCUAAGCACCGAAAUGAUGAUGGUGCCCCCAUAUAUAUGUAAUUCAAAAUAAACACAAUACUAAACCGUCAAAUAAAAUGUUAUCGUUCGAAAUGAAA